AUGUUCAGAUUUUGCAUAGCUCACACAGAACUUGAUUGGAGAAAAGGAACAGAGCAGUAUGAGUUCAUCGAAAAGUGCCUAGCAUCCGUUGACAGACAAAAACAGCCAUGGCUAAUAUUCCUUGCACAUAGGGUACUUGGUUAUUCUUCUGCAGAUUUCUAUGUUGCAGAAGGUUCGUUUGAAGAACCAAUGGGAAGGGAGGACCUUCAAAGUCUCUGGCAAAAGUAUAAGGUCGACAUAGCCAUGUAUGGACAUGUUCAUAACUAUGAAAGAACAUGCCCAAUCUAUCAGAAUAUAUGCACCGAUAAAGAGAAGCACAAUUUCAAGGGUUCCUUGAAUGGGACAAUACAUGUAGUGGUUGGGGGAGGAGGAGCAGCCCUAGCCGACUUUGCACCCGUAAACACCACAUGGAGUAUCUUUAAAGACCACGACUUUGGAUUUGUGAAACUCACAGCAUUUGACCAUUCAAAUUUGUUGCUUGAGUACAAGAAGAGUAGUGAUGGACAAGUUUAUGACUCUUUUAAGAUAUCAAGGGAUUAUAGGGACAUCUUGGCAUGCACUGUUGAUAGUUGCCAAAGUACAACAUUAGCAUUAUGAUCUUAAAGCAAAAAAAAAAACAAUAAUGUUGAUUUGGUUUACUUUGGUUGAAUAAAAUGCUUCCUGUGAUCACACUAUCACAUGAAACGUAAACAUUAUAGCUAAUUUGAAUAAGACUCCUUACAUA